GUUCUGCACAAGCACACUCACUCGUCAUGGCGACUGUGUUGGAAAAAGGUACACUACGCAAUCAACUCAGCCAAUUAACUCAAUCAUCACUUCAUCCUUGCUAGCAGGCAGCUAUCAACAAAGAUGGCAAAUAAAUCACAAAAGAAGAAACAGAGCAAAGAAGCUGAACAGGAUCCAUUCGCAAUCGAGAACACGCAAACACCUCCUUCAGAAUCAAACAAUACACCAACAGGUCAAGAAAAGAUUAAAGUUGAUUCUGCAAUCGGUACUUCAAACGAAGAAGGUGUGGAUGCAUACAAUAUACCAGGUGGCGGUUCAGAUGAAAAUGAAAGUGGCAUCACAAUCUCAGGUAUAAGUGGUGAAACUGGUGAACAAAACGCAAAUAUGGAACGUAAUCGAUCAUUCUCACCACCUACAGGUCAAAUGAGCGAACGUGGAGCUCAAACAACUCUUCACAGCUCUACAUUUGUUGAACCCAGUGCGGCUCCUGAAUUGGGUGAAGAUUCGAUCUUGAUCAUUGAUGCACAGAAAACAUCCGAUGGUGUUGGUGCAAGUCAUUAUAUUGCCUAUCUCAUUCAAUGCGGCACUUUAAGUGCGAAGAGACGAUAUAGCGAAUUUGCAUCAUUGCGUGAAGCUUUGGUCGCCUUACAUCCAACUUUGAUCAUUCCACCAAUCCCUUCCAAGCACACUUUGACAGAUUAUGCUGCUCGUCAAUCAAAAGCAAAAGAGGAUGCAACAAUCAUCGCACGCAGAAAGAGAAUGCUACAAGUAUUUUUGAAUCGAGUAAAAGAUCAUGAAAAGUUGAGCAGAAGCGUCAUCUUUAGAAGAUUCUUGGACGGAAGAUGGAGCUGGCAUGAGAUCACUUCGUCUCCUCCGCUAUCCAUGCUUCCUAAGUCCAAUCUACGUGCACCUGCAUUGGAUCCUGCAUCACCUCAUGCAUCACCAGCUUACUUGGCAUUGCCUCUUCCUCCCUCUAACGGAUCAACGCAGCUAAAGAAUCCUAACCAACGAUUCGUCGAUAGCGAAGCAUUUACAGAGCGUUUCCGUAAUCAUAUUCAAGGAAGUCUUGAAAAGACAAACAGAAGGGUGAUGAAAAGAUGGACAGAGGCAUCAAAUGAUUAUGCAGAAUUGGGAGCUAUUUUGAACGAGUUCAGUCUUUCGGAAGGUGGUGCACUGGCAAGUGCAAUUGAAAGAACUGGUCAAGCAUCUGAUCAAACGUUCAUGGCAAUCGGUACAAUGCUGCACGAUUGGGAAACCCAAUUUACCGAGCCACUGAAUGAAUAUUCUCAAUUUGCAUCUGUACUCCAGAAAUUGUUGAGAUGGAGACAUCAAAAGCAUUUGCAACUCGAAAUGGCACAAGAUGCAUUGGAGGCAAAGAGACUACAGUUGGAAGACUUGGAAAGGGUAGAAGCAGAAGCUACAAGAUUAAACAGAGCAUUGGAAAGCGGCGGAAGAGGACUGGUAGCCAAUAAUGGUGGCAAUGCAGCAACAUACAACAAAGUGAAUGCUCCAGGCCAAUCAAGAGAAGGCGUAUGGGACUCAGUCAAUUCCCGUGCGAGUACGAUGCGCAAAAGUGUGUAUGGAUCAGCAGCGGAAACAGAAGGUGAUCCUACAAACAAGCCAAGUGCAAUAGACGCAUCUUCGGAAAGAUUAGCAGAUAGCGAAGAAUGGACAGAUCCAAGCAUGACAGGAUCCAAUAGUCCUUCAAGACCAACUUCACCUCCAACAGCUACAAAUGGGGGUAAUGCAUUUGGUGGACCACAGUCAAGACAACAGCCAAAUAAUCGAAACGGAACCGUACGACAGGCAAGACGGACGCCUGGAACAAGCAGUUUGGGAGGCGGGAAUGGUAGUAGUGGCGGAGGUGGUUUAUUGGGCGCUUUGAGUCAGACAUUCCAAUCAGUGAUGGAUGUUGAUCCAGAAGCAACGAGACGCAAUACGAUUUCUCGUUUGAAAGAUAAUUGUGCACAAUUGGAUGAAGCUUUGGAAUUGACCGAUAAAGAUCUACGAAAUGCAACUUUGGCAAUUCAAUCUGAUCUUGAUCGAUUUCAACGACAAAAGAUUCGCGAUUUUCGUUCGAUGACUUCAGCAUUUGCACAAUUACAUCGUGAUUACUGUAAAGCAGGUUUGGAAACAUGGAAAGAGGCAAAACAAGAGAUUGAUGCGAUUAGUGAUCAUACACCUGUGCCCGAAAGUAAUCUUGCCCGUCAUCAGGCAACAAUUUCUGGUGGCAGUAGCUCCACACCUGUUUCAAGAUGAUCUUUUUGCCUUUAUCCUUUAUGUACGUAUAGUUUCAAUUUAAUCACAUUGAAUAGCAGGAAUGGAUGUAUUAGCUGAA